AUGUCGGCUUCAGAGGCUACAAAUGGAGUCCAGACACUCUCGGUUAAAGACGAAAUUGAAGCCAGUAAAACGAAAGACCAGAAAGUCACACCAUGGGACGUUGAAGGUGCCGUUGACGAAAAUGGUGUUGCCCAAGAGAUCGAUUAUGAGAAACUGGUGAAACAGUUUGGUACGAAGCAAAUCACCCAGGAAACUUUGACGAGAUUUGAGCAAAUAACGGGUCAAAAACCGCAUCAUUUCUUGCGUAAAGGUUUGUUUUUCAGUGAAAGAGAUUUCAGCAAGAUCUUGGACUUGUACGAGCAUGGUGAACCCUUUUUCUUGUACACCGGACGUGGCCCCUCAUCAGAUUCCGUUCAUUUGGGCCACAUGGUUCCUUUCGUUUUCACGAAAUGGUUACAAGAAGUGUUCGACGUUCCGCUUGUUAUUGAAUUGACCGACGAUGAAAAAUUCCUCUUCAAACAUAAGCUUACGAUCUCGGACGUGAAGCGUUUUGCAAGGGAGAAUGCUAAGGAUAUUAUCGCGGUUGGAUUGAACCCGGAAAACACCUUCAUCUUUUCGGACUUGGAAUACAUGGGAGGCGGUUUUUACGAAAACGUUGUGAGGGUUUCCAGACAAAUCACUGGGUCCACCGCUAAAGCUGUGUUUGGGUUCAAUGAUUCUGAUUGUAUCGGUAAAUUCCAUUUUGCGUCGAUCCAAAUCGCGUCUGCCUUCCCAAGUUCGUUCCCGGAUGUAUUGGGACUUCCCGAAAAGACACCAUGUUUAAUUCCUUGCGCGAUAGACCAGGACCCUUACUUUAGAGUGUGCAGAGAUGUGGCGGACAAAUUGAAGUUUUCGAAGCCCGCGCUACUGCAUGCCCAGUUCUUUCCAGCGUUGCAAGGCUCCAGUACCAAGAUGAGUGCAUCUGACGAUACGACUGCCAUUUUCCUAACGGACACUGCCAAGCAAAUUCAAAAAAAAGUGAACAAAUACGCGUUUUCCGGUGGCCAAGUGUCGGUCGAGGAUCAUCGCAGAUUGGGUGGCAACCCAGACGUGGACGUUGCGUACCAAUACCUAAGUUUUUUCAAAGAUGACGAUGCGUUCUUGAAAGAAUGUUACGACAGGUACAAGAGUGGAGAACUGCUGUCGGGAGAAAUGAAGAAGCUGUGUAUCGAGGCUUUGCAAGUUUUUGUGAAAGAGUUUCAGGAACGCAGAGCCAAAGUGGACGAUGCUUUGGUGGACAAAUUUAUGAAACCACAUAAGCUGGUGUGGGGUCAAAAACCAAGGUCGGUACCACCAAAACCCAGGACUAAAUAA